CUGGCUAACUCUGACAGGGUAGCGCAAGCUGGCGGUCCGCUGGCGCUCAUGUCCUGCAGAAGUUUAAAGUUUGUAGUGCCCCGACGGGAAUGAACUUCUUUGACCUUUUCCGGGGCUUUUUCGGCUUUCGUGGACCUCGGAGUAACCAAAGCGGUCGUGAAGAGGAGAGAAACAGAGUGGGGUGAUGCAACAGCGACCUGGGCGUAGAAGACAAUGGGGGUCUGGGGGAAGAGGACAAUGAGCAACCACAGAGAUCCCUUUUUUGGAGGGAUGACUCGAGAUGAUGACGAUGAUGAUGACGAAGAAGAGGAAGACAGAAGCACGUGGGGUCGAGGGAGCUAUAGGUUUGGUGGUUCUCAGCCUCCGGAGGAAUUCGGUUUCAGCUUCAGCCCCGGAGGAGGCAUGCGGUUCCACGACAACUUUGGCUUUGAUGAUCUAGUACGAGAUUUCAAUAGCAUCUUCAGCGAGAUGGGGGCCUGGACCUUGCCUUCCCACUCCCCUGAGCUUCCAGGUCCUGAGUCAGAACCACCCGGUGAGAGACUGCGGGAAGGGCAGACGCUGCGGGACUCAAUGCUUAAGUACCCAGAUAGUCACCAACCCAAGAUCUUUGAGGGGGUCUUGGAGAGUCAUGCUAGACCUGAAUCCCCCAAACCAGCUCCAGACUGGGGGUCUCAGGGGCCUUUUCAUAGGUUGGAUGACAUUUGGCCUGUGACUCCCCAUUCUAGAGCCAGAGAGGACAAUGAUCUUGACUCCCAGGUUUCCCAGGAAGGUCUCGGUCCACUUCUUCAACCCCAGCCCAAAUCCUAUUUCAAGAGCAUCUCUGUGACCAAGAUCACCAAGCCAGAUGGGGUAGUGGAGGAGCACCGCACUGUGGUGGACAGUGAGGGACGGAGGGAGACCACAGUGACCCAUCAACAAGCACACGACAGUUCCACAAGUGAUCCAGUCUCUGAAGGAUCGUCAGCUCUGGAGGAUCCCUUUUCCCUCCUGGAUUUGCUCCUAGGACGUUGGUUUCGGUCCCGGUAGCUUUGUUAACUAACCUUCAGAAGCCGUCAGGUCCUUUCCGCUCCCUUCCCAUUGCCCAUUGCCAAUAAGCUUAGCUUUUUGUGUCAUCCGAAGGUUCUUGAGUGUGUGAAACAAUUCAUUGAGCUUAUGCCAGUCUGUCAUUCAUCCAAACUGACCAAUAAAGCCUUUAUUUAUGCUAAA